AUGGCCAUGCCAUUGCCGCCCCCGUCCCACCAGCACCACGGCCCCCUCACCCGCCUGCGCCAUGCACUCUCCACCCCCACAGACCCCACGGACGCAGACCCCACCACAGACCGCGCCACGACGUCCUGGCUGCUCCGCCCCCUCGCCCUCGCCAUCGCCCGCAGCACAAUAGCGCUCUACAUCCUCCUCUCCCUGUGCGUGGCGAUCGGGCUCGCCCCGCCCCCGCGCGCGCGCCAGCUCGCGUACUUCACGACGCUGGCGUGGGCCGGGCUGGGGGCGUACUUUGCUGGUGCCGGGGCGGCGGGGGCGGCGUAUGCUCUACACGGUCCAGGGAGGAGUGGUGGGAGAGGGAGGGGAGGGGGGGUACUAAUGGGGGCGCUGGGAGCGCUGCGCACGUGCGCCACCGUCCUGCCAUUCCUCGUCGUGGGCAUGUACUGGGGCGUCCUGCGCAACUCGGUCCCCAACAACGGAAUGGGCGCCAGCGCACUCGCGGCCUUCACGACCACAACGACGCACGUGCUCCCGGCCCCCCUGGCGCUGGCGGAGCUGCUGCUGUCGCGCACACCCGCCCCGCCCUGGGCGCACCUCCCGCUGCUGCUGGGCGUGCUGGCGCUGUACGUGGGGCUGGCGUACGCGGUGCACGCUGCGGAGGGGGGGCCGGAGGGGGGGGCGGGGUACGUGUAUGCGUUUUUGGACCCGCGCGGGGAGGGGGGCGGGGGGAGGGUGGUGGCGUAUUGCGCGGGUGUGGGGGCGGGGGUGGUGGUGCUGUUUUUGGUGGUGAGGGGCGUGGUGGCGCUGAGGGUGUGGGUGACGGAGGUGAGGUGGGGGAGGGGGGGGGAGUUUUUUAGGGGGGGUGGGCAAAGGGAGGAGGGGAGGGAAGAGUGGGGUGAGAGUAGGAGUGAGAGUGUGGUGGAGAGGGUGGAGGAUGUUGAGAUGGGGAAGUUGUGA